CCUCCUCGGUGGGCGUGUCCCUAGCGCGGCUCUUCCGGUGGAGACGUGGCUCUGCUGCCAUAUUGACGCUAGCGGAGCUAACAAUCACACAACUCCGAUAGCCGAGCGGCGGAGAAGAACCUCGUCGGAGAAAACUCGUCCGAGACCGAGACCCGAGAGAGACGGAGCAGCGUCGCCCCGCAGAGAGAGAGAGCAAACAUGGUGCUGUUGGCAGCGGCGGUGUGCACCAAGGCCGGCAAGGCCAUCGUGUCGCGGCAGUUUGUGGAGAUGACCCGGACGCGCAUCGAGGGGCUUCUUGCUGCGUUCCCCAAGCUGAUGAACACGGGCAAGCAGCACACCUUCGUGGAGACGGACAGCGUGCGCUACGUGUACCAGCCGCUGGAGAAGCUCUACAUGGUCCUCAUCACCACCAAGAACAGCAACAUCCUGGAGGACCUGGAGACCCUCAGGCUCUUCUCCCGCGUGAUCCCAGAAUACUGUCGUGUGCUGGAGGAGAGCGAAAUAUCGGAGCACUGCUUCGACCUGAUCUUCGCCUUCGAUGAGAUCGUGGCCCUCGGCUACAGAGAGAACGUCAACCUGGCUCAGAUCCGCACCUUCACAGAGAUGGACUCCCACGAGGAGAAGGUGUUCCGCGCCGUCAGAGAGACUCAGGAGAGAGAGGCCAAGGCCGAGAUGAGGAGGAAGGCCAAGGAGCUGCAGCAGGCCAGGAGGGACGCCGAGCGCUCCGGAAAGAAGGUGCCGGCGUUCGGCGGCUUCGGCAGCGCCGGCAUGACCAGCGUGUCCUCGGGCUCCAUCAUCACGGACACCAUCGUCGAGCCCGAGAAGCCCAAGAUCACGGCGGCCGCAGUCAGACCAAGCGGACCCAGUAAAGCCCUGAAACUGGGCGCCAAAGGAAAAGAGGUGGACAACUUCGUCGACAAGCUCAAGUCCGAGGGGGAAACCAUCAUGGCCAGCAGCGGGAAGCGGAGCUCGGAUGUUUCUAAAGCUCUGCCGCCACCCGUCCACGUGGAGAGUGUUCACCUGCGCGUGGAGGAGAAGAUCUCGCUGACCUGCGGCCGUGACGGCGGCAUCCAGAACAUGGAGCUGCUCGGCAUGGUGACGCUGCGAGUGACCGACGACAAGAACGGACGCAUCCGCCUCAUCAUCAACAACAACGACAACAAAGGGCUGCAGCUGCAAACGCAUCCCAACGUGGACAAGAAGUUGUUCACCGCUGAAUCCGUGAUCGGCCUGAAGAACCCGGAGAAGUCGUUCCCUCUCAACAACGACGUCGGCGUGCUGAAGUGGAGACUACAGACCACAGACGAGGCCCUCAUACCUCUAACCAUAAACUGCUGGCCUUCAGAGAGCGGCAGCGGCUGUGACGUGAACAUCGAAUACGAGCUGCAGGAGGAGAGCCUGGAGCUCAACGACGUGGUCAUCAGCAUCCCCGUCCCCUCCGGUGUGGGCGCUCCGGUGAUCGGAGACCUGGACGGCGAGUACAAACACGACAGCCGGCGAAACCUGCUGGAGUGGUGUCUGCCCGUCAUCGACGCCAACAACAAGACGGGCAGCCUGGAGUUCAGCGUCGCCGGGCAGCCCAACGACUUCUUCCCCAUCAACGUGUCCUUCGUGUCCAAGCGCAACUACUGCGACAUCCAGGUCACUAAAGCGACUCACGUAGACGGCGACGCCCCCGUUAGAUUCUCUUCAGAAACCUCCUUUGUUGUCGACAAAUACGAAAUCCUGUAAAAAAAUAAAUCAAAGAAAACAACAACAAAAAUGUAAAAAAAUCACCAACGACAACAAAAAAAGUCCAAAAUGUGUGCGGCAGAAAGGUUGAAGAUGGCGCCUCAGAGACUGGACGACGCCACGCCUCCUCCUGUGGGGGAGCACAGCAGCGCUGGUGUAUUUAUAUGUUUGUAUGAGAGGAGCAUCUAUAUAACACACACACACACACACACACACACUCUCGUGUGUUCGCCCCAGCAGAACUGUAAAGAGGAGGAUCCAUUGCGGGGUUCUUUCUUUUCUUUCCAUAUUACUUCAUAAAGUCACUCUUUGAUCUAUUAAACUUUUCUUUCUUUUGUUUUUGUAGAAGUAACUCAAGCAGAUAUAUUCCUCUGUGCUCGGUUACGUUUUGUGUGUUUUUGGCGAAAUUCAGCAAAAUUGUCGCAACUUUUUUUUUUUUUUACUAUUUUAUUGCCAUUGUUUAAUUUGCCAAUAAUCUGGAUUUUUUUUUUUUUUUUUUUUUUUUUUUAAAUAUAUUUGACAAACUUUUUGAGAUUCUCAGCUGCAGGAAAAACAUUUGGCUGAAUCUUUAUUAUAAUUAUUUCCGCCGUUGCAGCUCCUCGUGUUUCCUUCUGGUUGUUGGAGGAAGUCCUUCAGCAGGCUCCGCCCCUCACGGCCCACGAGGCUCCGCCCCUCACGGCGUUUAGUCCAGAUCCCCUCUGAUCCAAGCGAAGGCUCUUCUUCCUCAGUUUCCUCUUCGUCAUCCUCCUCCUUCACUUACAUUCUCAUCGACAUUACUCAAGAUAUCAAGUUUGUUUUUCAUGUUUUUGUUUUUUCUGCAUUUGUAUUCCCCAAAUUUCAAUUUAGCAAAUGUUUGUGUGGCUGUGGGGUUGAAAAUGACGAUUGAGCAUUUUAACUAAAUUACUGAAGGGGAAUCUUAACAUUCCAGUGUACAAUUAGAAAAAAAUGAAUCUUUAAUGGAAUAAAAUGUAUUAUUGAGAAA